UAUGGAUUGGGCUGAAAAAUAUACAAGAAUGUAUGUUAGAACUAAUGCAGAUACACCAAAAGAUGCUUAAGUUGCUAGAAAAUUCGGUGCUAAAGGUAUUGGAUUGACAAGAACUGAACAUAUGUUCUUUGAAGGUGAAAGAAUUAAAGCAAUGAGAGAAAUGAUUUUAGCAUCUGAUUUAGCUGGUAGAUAAACUGCAUUGGCUAAAUUAUUACCAUUCUAAAGAACAGACUUUGAAGGUAUUUUUGAAGCUAUGAAUGGAUAUGGAGUAACUAUCAGAUUGUUAGACCCACCCCUUCAUGAAUUUGUUCCACAUGAAACUGCUUAAUAAUAAGAAUUAGCAUAAGAAAUGGGAUUAACUUUGGAUUAAGUUAAAUAAAAGGUACAUGAAUUAGCAGAAUUCAACCCAAUGUUGGGACACAGAGGAUGCAGAUUAGGAAUUACUUAUCCAGAAAUUACAGAAAUGUAAACAAGAGCUAUUAUUGAAGCAGCUCUUAACAUCAAAGCCAAAGGAUUAGAUGUUAAACCAGAAAUUAUGGUUCCAUUAGUUGGUAAUUUUAAUGAAUUAGAACAUUAAUUGAAAGUUGUUAGAAAAACAGCUGAUGCUGUAUUCAAAGAGAGAAAUGAUACUAUUCAUUAUUUAGUAGGAACUAUGAUUGAAGUACCAAGAGCUUGUUUAGUUGCUGAUUAAAUUGGUCAAAUUGCUGAAUUCUUUUCAUUUGGUACAAAUGAUUUGACUUAGAUGACACUUGGAUUUUCAAGAGAUGAUGCUGGUAAAUUCUUACCAUAUUAUAUUACAAAUGGAAUCUUGAAAGUUGAUCCAUUCUAAGUUUUGGAUAGAUAAGGAGUAGGAAAGAUGGUUGAAUUAGCUGUUAAGAAUGGAAAAUCAACAAAUCCAAAUUUGAAAGUUGGUAUUUGUGGUGAACAUGGAGGAGAACCAUCAUCAGUUGAAUUCUUCCAUAUUGUUGGAUUAGACUAUGUCAGUUGCUCACCAUUCAGAGUUCCAAUUGCAAGAGUUGCAGCAGCCAUUGCCAAUUUAACCAAUCCAUGAGU